AGUUGAUCCAAAAGCUGAACGCGAUACUGCGCACUACCGACGAAACUAUGAAGAGCGUCGUGACCGCGACUUUGGAGCCGGUAAAGAUUCCGCUCAACUUCUACUGGUCCACCGGCCUGGUAUCGAUAAUAGCGUGGUACUUUGUGCCGUUCUUAUUGGCGUUCAAGAAAAAUGUAUUUUGUUACGAGGAUUACAGAGUACCUGCUGUUUUCUCGAAGCAGCCAUUCUCGGUCGUGGUCUUUCUACUAGGAAGCCUGUUCAUACUAGUCAGCAAUACAUAUAUGUUCUUGAAGAAAGUCGGCGUGACAGUGUACACGGUGCAUCUGAUCUUGAUGGUAACCGCGCAGUAUCGAUACAUCGCGCUGAAAAUCACAAUGUUAUUUCAAGAUGGAAAUGAACAUGAUGAAUCUCAAAAGAAACAUUCCCCUGAGUUUUACCGAAAAAAAGAAAAUGAAAUGAGAACAUUGUGUCGACUCCACAAUGAUGUGGUACACAUAACUUUAUUGUUAAAAGAACUGUUGUCUUUAAACUUUAGUUUAACAUAUGUGAACACAGUCUUUCGAUUCUGCUUUAUUGGUGUCAUGUUAAGCACCCUAACAGCUGCGACGUUUUGGGAAGCGACUUCUAUUGUCAUGUAUACGUCAGGUGAAAUGGUGCAACUUUAUAUUUUGUGCUCCUGCGUGCAACAGCUACUAGACUCGAGUACGGAAAUAACAGAUGAGGCGUUUCACGAAAACUGGUAUCUGCUUCAACCAUCGAUAAAACAUAUAUUUAUUUUAAUAAUUAUGGCUAAUAAUUUAGAAUGCAAAAUUGCGACAUUAAAAAAUUUCAAUUUCUCCUUGCCCUCAUUUAUGAAGAUUUUAAAUCAAUCGUACUCGAUCGCACUUCUGUUUUUAAAAAUGAAAUGAAAAGAAGACAUCUUAUCUACAAUAGUUAAAAUUGUUACUUUCAAACCAAUAACAAAAAUUAAUAAUUUUGUAAAGACAAUUUAUUUACGUUUAGCAAAGUUAACUUGUUUCAGCGAGAAAGAGUUCUUGAAAAUCAUGACGACAGAUAUCAAAUAUGAUUAAAUAAAAAAGUCAGUGACUGUAUUACAAUUUGUAACUGACAUAAAAACAAUGAUAGUAAUAGCACCGAGAAUAAUAAAGUAGCAAAUAUUAAUGAUAAAA